GGAGUGAGAAGCAACGAUUGCCGUUACAACACGGUCACGCGGGUUGACGGAAAGUGGGAGUGCGUCUCGAGCGAAAAUCGAAAGGGUUUAUCUCGUAGUAAGCAAUUAAAUGUAUAACGGAACGGAACAUCGGUCCUCUGCUCGCGAUCUUCCGAAACGGAAACGUAAAAUGGGCGUACAGGCAACGGUUGUAAUUCUUGGCAUUGGCAUUGGUUCCAUAAUGUUCGCCUACGUAGCAUUCGCGGCUAGUACCGACGCAAACGACAAGAAUGCGUCCGUGCGACUGACGAUAUUCGUAUUUCGCCACGGCGAUCGGACCCCAACGGAAACUUAUCCAAAGGAUCCGUACGGCGACUACGAAUGGGAAGGAGGCUUAGGAGCUCUGACCAAGAAGGGCAUGCUUCGGAUGUACAAUGUCGGCCAAUGGAUCCGCGAGAAAUACGGCUCGCUAAUUGGCAGGAAGUACGAGAGCAGACUAACCUUGGUUCAAAGCAGCUACGCAGAUCGGUGCCUAAUGUCCGCGCAGGCUUUGCUGGCCGGUUUAUAUCCACCGUUACCCGACGAGAUCUUCGUUCCAGGAUUAAACUGGAGACCCAUACCUGUUCAUUCCACUCCCCGAAACUUGGACAAGACUAUCGUGGUCAAGGUGCCAUGUCCACGAUUAGAGGAAGCUCUGAAAGAGGCGUACACAAAUGAAUCUAUGCGACUGGGGACCCCGUCAGCCAAAUACUACGAAGAACUCUCGUACUAUACCGGGCAAAAUCUCUCCACGAUCACCGACAUCGAGUUUCUGUACAACACCCUGGAGAUCGAGGAACAGAGUGGCCUGAACCUACCCGAAUGGACAAAGAAAUAUUAUAAUCGUGAAAUGCGAGAUAUCGCGGCACGUAGUUUGGCCAUAUUUACCAGUAACACACUGCAACAACGACUUCGAGGAGGGCCGUUGCUGAAAGAAAUUUUGGGGCGUAUGCGUGGCGCCGCAGCCGACCGAGAUAAUGCCAGCCGAGCCUAUCUAUACUCCGUCCAUGAUAUAACACUCGUUAAUUUACUUCGAACCAUGGGAUUCACCGACGAGUACUUUAAACCCAACUACGGGGCAACGCUAAUCUUUCAAAUGGAUUUUAGCCCCGACAUCGCUGACACGGAACACGCUGAAAUAAAGCUAAUGUUCCUGAACGAUACGGAUAAGUUCACGGUCUAUCCGUUGGAGAUACCAAAAUGUGGCACGUUUUGCUUACUCGAGGACGCGGCCAAUCUAUGGAAAAACGUGCUUCCCGACUACUGGGACGCCGAGUGCACGCUAUGAUCGUUUUAUUUUACACGCUUGCAUCCUCGCGACCUUGCUCGAUUACCAUAUCUCUCGCAUUCGCGUGAAAGCUUACGGUUACGAGGCAGCAAUAUAUUCCGUAUCUUUCUUUCGAACAAGAUUGCCGAGCCCGAUACCGUCGAAAGGAAUAACCUCACCGAUUUCCAUGUGUCCACGUAUCAAAGAGCUCGCACUAGCACGGCGGAACGACGGAACGCGCAGUGCGUUAGCGCAACGCACGUAUCGUGCGAAUCAAUUCUAAUUCGAGCGAAGUCGGUUAAGAUUACUAAAUUGGCACAAAAUCGUUUAACCAGGAUGUGUCCGCGUUGCUUACGCAACAAAUGACACUGAAUGUUUUACAUGUCUCGUUACGUAAUACGAGAACGAUUAUUACAGA